UUCAUACUCCACACCGGUUGGUGGCGGUAAUGUACCAGUUUCUAUUGAACACGAUGUGCGGGUGGAGUUUGAGCAGCAGAAGAAGUACAAGAACCGGAAGUAAAGUAGAAGAAGAAAAGAGUUGACAGUGUAAUGCGGGUUCCUCUGAGGUGGGUAUUAUGGGAUGUUCUGGACACGCUGCUGAAGGUGCGCCUGUCUGUAGGAGAGCAGUACUGCAGGGAGGCUGAGAGAAUGGGCUUGAACCUGAGUCCUGUGGAGCUGGAGGCCGCUUUCCGACGGGCGUAUCAGCGUCACUCCAGCUCGAACCCAAACUAUGGCGUCAACCAGGGCCUGGGCGGACAGUCCUGGUGGACGGGGGUGGUUCGAGACACAUUCUCCCAGUGCAAAGUUCACGAUAAAGUCCUGCUUAAUACAAUGGCUCACAACCUUUACCAGGGUUUCUGCAAUGCUGACAACUGGGAGGUUUUCCCAGAUUCAAAGAAGGCUCUGGAAAGUUGCUCUUCUCUGGGACUGAAGCUGGGCGUGGUGUCCAACUUUGACAACCGUUUGGAAACCAUUCUAACGGCCUGUGACCUGCUGCCUCACUUCAGCUUCUUGAUGACAUCAGAGGAGGCCCGUGUGGCCAAGCCCAAUCCGGCCAUUUUUGAUCUGGCCCUGCAGAAGUGCGGGGCCCCGGCCGCCAGCGUCGCCCACGUUGGAGACCAUUAUGUGAAAGAUUACCUGAGCUCCCGUCGUGUGGGCAUACAGGGGCUGCUGCUAGACAGACACAACACGCAGAGUCAGCGCGAUCUCCCCGACCAACAUCGACUCACCUCGCUGGAGGAGCUGCCAUCUUGGAUCCAGCGGCACAUGGAGUCAUGUGACUGACACGGUGAUCAUCGUUAAAGUCCACUCGUCCCUGGUCCAGAUGGUGGACAUACCAAACAGCAACAUUCCUUUAGACGAUUUCAGUUUAAUGACCUUUGCAUCUGAAGCUGCCGACCUGUAAUCGUCUCUGACGAUCGGUUCCAGUGCUUAGCAGUAAGGAUAACACGGCCCUAAUACCGUUGGUUUGAAACCAUCUGCUGCGGCUGAUACUGCGGAUAAAGAACCUUCAAAAGGACGAGGAGAGGUUUGAAGAGACAGAAAAAAAAAAAGUUUCCAUUUGUCACAGUUUGACACAGAGUUCAGGAGAAUUUCCUGAGAGAACAACGAUCCUCUUCAGAGUACACAUGGACUCCCAGUACUGCUCUGUGAAGAAUACUCUGUGUACUUUAAGUGGCUCCAAGAGCCGCUUAUGUCAAAGCCGGUUUAGCAGCUCAGUCCGUCGGCUCUGAGAGGCUCCGCUGAAAUCCAAUUGCAGACAUAAUGGGAUUGUGAGCAGAGAAUGGAGCGCCUCCUGCAGAGAGCCGGAGGUUAUGGUGAGACGAAGGCACAGACGAAGAAUAAAACUGGAGAUUUGAAAUGACAGAGAAGAAGCAGCUGUUCAGAAGUUCACACCAUGAGUCAAGAACCUGAGCUGUGACAAGAUUUAAUUUGUGCAAAAACAAUAAAAAAAAACAAAA